AUGGACUUUCAGCAUCGUGCUGGAGGAAAAACUGGGUCUGGAGGGGUCGCUUCAGAUGCGGAGGCCAACAGAGAUAGACGGGAACGCCUCCGACAGCUGGCUCUGGAUACCAUCGAUCUGAACAAGGAUCCCUAUUUUAUGAAAAACCAUCUUGGGACUUAUGAGUGCAAACUAUGUUUGACAUUGCAUAAUAAUGAGGGCAGUUACCUGGCCCACACACAA